GUCUGAGGCAGAGAGUGGAGAGUGCAGAGCUUUGCUGUUUGCUGUUUAAUUCCUUUAACUCCACUUAUGUUACGAGUGUUGUGCGUCUGUUCAAAGCUCCAGUGAAGAGUUUAUUGAAGGACAGCGAGAACAUGAGUGAUCCAGAACCCUGCAAAAUUAAAAAAGAAGACUCUGAACAACAAAUAGACCUAAUUGAAGAGAAUGAGGGGAGGAAAGAGGAGGAACAUCAUGUCAAAAUUGAGGAAAAAACUCAUUUAGAGACUGAUGGUAUUUUGAAAAGGAGAGAAAAGAAUUGUUUCACCUGCACUCAGUGUGGAAAGAGUUUCAGCUGCUCAUUACACCUUAAUAAUCACAUGAGGAUCCACACUGGAGAGAAACCAUUCACAUGCACUCAGUGUGGGAAAAAAUUCAGCCAAUCAUCAUCCCUUAAUCAGCACAUGAGGAUCCACACUGGAGAGAAACCAUUCACAUGCACUCAGUGUGGGAAGAGUUUUAACUGCUCAUCACACCUUAAUCAACACAUGAAAAUCCACACUGGAGAGAAACCAUUCACAUGCACUCAGUGUGGAAAGAGUUUCAGCCAAUCAUCAAACUUUAAUCUACACAUGAUGAGCCACACUGGAGAGAAACCAUUCACAUGCACUCAGUGUGAGAAGAGUUUUAAAUGCUCAUCACACCUUAAUCAACACAUGAAAAUCCACACUGGAGAGAAACCAUUCACAUGCACUCAGUGUGGAAAGAGUUUCAGCCGAUCAUCACACCUUAAUCUACACAUGAUGAUCCACACUGAAGAGUAUCCAUUCACAUGCACUCAGUGUGGGAAGAGUUUUAACUGCUCAUCAUACAUUAAUGAACACAUGAUGAUCCACAGUGGAGAGAAACCAUUCACAUGCACCCAUUGUGGGAAGAGUUUCAGACGAUCAUCAUCCCUUAAUCGACACAUGAUGAUCCACACUGGAGAGAAACCAUUCACAUGCACUCAGUGUGGGAAGAGUUUCAGCCUAUCAUCAUCCCUUAAUCGACACAUGAUGAUCCACACUGGAGAGAAACCAUUCACAUGCACUCAGUGUGGGAAGAAUUUUAACUGCUCAUCACACCUUAAUCGACACAUGAGGAUCCACACUGGAGAGAAACCAUUCACUUGCACUCAGUGUGGGAAGAAUUUUAACUGCUCAUCACACCUUAAUCGACACAUGAGGAUCCACACUGGAGAGAAACCAUUCACUUGCACUCAGUGUGGGAAGAAUUUUAACUGCUCAUCACACCUUAAUCGACACAUGAGGAUCCACACUGGAGAGAUACCAUUCACUUGCACUUAAGCAGCAGUCACACUGGACUUUUCUCCCCAUAGACUUCCAUUCAUAUGCACGCGAAUGCAUCAGACAGGAAACAAAGUUUGUGCGUCAAGUUUUGCAGUUCACUGCGUUGCAAAGUUCAAGCUUGGUGAACUCCGACCUGCAAAAUCGCAUCACUUGACUGUGUAAGACCAAUCAUAGAUCAAAACAUGACCUCCCUGGACAGAAAUGUAAAAUAUGGACCAAUCGCUCACUUUUUUAAUGUCUAAUCAUUUUGUUUAAUCCCGCCCUUUUUCGCAGCGCCUUACAACAAAAAUUUGCUUGCUCUAACUCCAGUGUGACCCCAGCUUCGGCGUGGGAUGAGUUUCAGCAACUCAUCAGACCUUAAUAAACACAUGAAGACCCACACAUACACUCAGUGUGUGAAGAGUUUCAACCGAUCAGCAAACCUUAAUGAACACAUUCUUCAUGUUCACUGGUGUGAAAGAGUAUAUGUGCUUUGAGUGUGAGAAGUCUUUAAUUACAGCUACAAAAUUGAAACUGCAAUAAACGAUUCACUGGAGAGACUGUACAGGUGUUCACACUGUGACAAGAGGUUUAAUCAGUUAACACAUCUGAAAACACAAAAGAGGAUUCACACUGGAAAGAAACUGUACAGAUCUGAUCAGUGUCUACUAGGGCUGGGUAUUGUUCUAAAAUUUUCGAUACUGAUACCCUGAAUUCAAUACCGGUUCCGAAAGAUACUUUUUUCGAUACUUUUAUUUUAAGAAAUAUAUUUUAUCAAGAUUAUUUUUUCAAGAUGCUCGUGACACUUUUCACAGCAGGCUUAUUUCUAAGACCAAUAAACAAAUCAACAAAAGCACAAAAUGAACAAAGUGUAGUUAACACAAUAUAUUAGUGCAAACAGUUUUAAUAAAGUUCAAGCAGUUUUAAGUCAAUCAAUUUUAAGUAUUUGUGAGGCUUACUGCAGCUUAAAGGUUUAGUUCACCCAAAAAUUGAAAUUCUGUCAUUAGUUAUCUACAAAUGAAGAUAUUUUGGAUUAAAUCCAAUAGCUUUCUGAUCCUCCCAUGGAUAAAUCAUUGAAUAAAGUUAUUUUUGUUUACUUUGCGCACAGAAGUAUUCCUGCAGCUUCAUAUAAUUAUGAUUGAACCACUUAUAUUGCCUGGACUUAUUUUGACUAUGUGUUUGGUUCCUUUCUAGGCAUUGAAAAAUGCAUAUCCAGUAAAUCUAAUCUUUCUACACAGUAGAAAAAGGCAGCAAACCUUUAACAUAAAAUUUGUAACGGCCCUGUGGCAUUCAUCUUACCUUUCUUUGUUCAUUUUUACUUUUUCUGCCAGUGUAAAUGGAUUAUCACUUGAUGGUCUCCUAAUUCCAGGGUCAGCAGGAGCAGAAACUAUAAUAUUAAUGUGAAGAAAACAUGAAAGCUAAACUGUUGAUGCAGCCAAGGAUAAGGACAUUUAUAUAGGAUAAGUUUAAUGUGAGGUAAACC